AUGGCGACGAAGGCGAUCGCCGGCGGGAGCAGUUCCAUCGACGACGGAUCCGAUCGCGAAGAUGCAUGUCCAAUUUGCCUUACACCCAUAUUCCAAGUAUCGUAUCUUGAUACCUGUUUCCACAAGUUUUGUUUCAAAUGCAUCAAGCAAUGGAUAAAAGUAGUUUCCAGCAAGGUCUCUAAGCAGUUGUCCUCAGUGAAAUGUCCUCUGUGUAAGACAGAUAACAUCUCGAUCAUCCACAACUUCGAUGGGUACUCUUUUGACCGGCAUUAUGUGAACCGGAACAUUACUGAUGGUUUUGUCCUCACAAAAGAACAGAGAUAUAGGUUGCAGUGUUACUACACCGAGUCAGGUUUCUUGGCUGACGUGUUUGACGUUUCACGGUUUUGGAAGAUGAAAAAGAUACUCCAGCCAAAUCGGUGGUUUGAAGCCUGGUUGAGAAGGGAGCUUCAAGCUCUGAUGCAGGAGGAAGAUGUUGAUAUUGUUCUGCAUCAUUUGAUCGGAGUAAUGGAUUCCUUCUGUAAAAGAACCGAAGAGAGACACAAACAAGAAGCAAGAAGCGCAGAGACAAAUCAAGAACAAUUCAAAUCGGUCAUGGCAGAGGCAGCUCGUCCGUUCUUAAUGGCGAGAACAGACCGGUUUGUGGAUGAGGUAGAACUCUUCCUAGCAUCAGGUCUGAAUAUGGAGGCUUACGACUCAAUGUAUAAGCAGCGGUUAGGCUGGAGCAACAACCGAAGAGAGAUCGGUGCAGCUAAUGAAGCAAGUGAAGAAGAAGAAGAGAACAUAAGAACAAGAGUGACUCCUUACUUGUUCCUUUUUGAGGAAGACUCAGACUAA